UUAUGAGCCGCCAUUUCUUACAUUACUGCAGUGAGCCUACUCUGGAUGUGAAGAUUGCCUUUUGUCAGGUGUGUGUUCCUUACAGGUAAAACAAGGGAUUUGGGAAACAAGUGGAUGUGUCAUAUAUUGCCAAAUACUACAACAUGAGUAAAAGCAAAGUUGACAACCAGUUCUACAGUGUGGAAGUAGGUGACUCGACCUUCACAGUUCUCAAACGCUACCAGAACUUGAAACCAAUCGGCUCUGGAGCUCAGGGAAUAGUUUGUGCUGCAUAUGAUGCUGUACUGGACAGAAAUGUGGCUAUCAAGAAGCUCAGCAGGCCAUUUCAAAAUCAGACACAUGCUAAGCGGGCAUAUAGGGAGCUAGUUCUCAUGAAGUGUGUGAACCACAAAAAUAUUAUCAGUUUAUUAAAUGUCUUUACACCACAGAAAUCUCUGGAGGAGUUCCAGGAUGUUUACUUAGUAAUGGAGUUGAUGGAUGCCAAUUUGUGCCAGGUGAUUCAAAUGGAGUUAGAUCACGAGAGAAUGUCUUACCUGCUCUAUCAGAUGCUGUGUGGUAUCAAACACCUUCACUCUGCAGGAAUCAUUCACAGGGAUUUAAAACCAAGUAAUAUUGUGGUAAAAUCAGACUGUACGUUGAAGAUCCUGGAUUUUGGACUGGCCAGGACUGCAGGCACUAGCUUCAUGAUGACACCCUAUGUGGUCACACGCUAUUACAGAGCACCAGAAGUCAUCCUGGGAAUGGGCUACAAGGAGAAUGUGGAUAUAUGGUCAGUAGGAUGCAUUAUGGGAGAAAUGGUGCGCCAUAAAAUCCUCUUUCCAGGAAGGGACUAUAUUGACCAGUGGAAUAAGGUGAUUGAACAGCUGGGAACUCCCUGUCCAGAAUUUAUGAAGAAACUCCAACCUACAGUGCGGAACUACGUGGAAAACCGGCCCAAAUACGCUGGCCUAACUUUCCCUAAACUUUUCCCAGACUCUCUUUUUCCAGCUGAUUCAGAACACAACAAACUCAAAGCUAGCCAAGCUAGGGACCUUUUAUCAAAGAUGCUAGUGAUUGACCCAGCCAAACGGAUAUCAGUGGAUGAAGCCUUACAACACCCGUACAUCAAUGUCUGGUAUGACCCAGCAGAGGUGGAGGCGCCACCUCCACAGAUCUAUGACAAGCAGUUGGAUGAAAGAGAACACACAAUUGAAGAGUGGAAAGAAUUAAUCUACAAGGAAGUAAUGAAUUCUGAAGAAAAGACUAAAAAUGGCGUAGUAAAAGGACAACCAUCUCCCUCAGGUGCAGCAGUGAACAGCAGCGAAAGCCUCCCUCCCUCCUCAUCUGUCAAUGACAUUUCCUCCAUGUCCACAGACCAGACCUUGGCAUCGGACACUGACAGCAGUUUGGAAGCUUCUGCAGGACCCCUUGGUUGUUGCAGAUUUCUGGAUGCCACGUCCUUUUGGGACUGCAGUACGUGUAAGAAGGAACAGGGACUCAUGUCUAGCGUGAAAAGCAGUGCAAGUGAUGAUAUAAGGAGUAUGGUCAUCAGUUAAGUCCACCUGCAAACCCACCUCCAUUGUGUGCAUGAAUCUCUUUCGCUGGCUUGGGCAUAAGAGGUGGGGUUUUAUUCUGCUUGUUUCAAUAAUCACCUUUACUUAGCCCAAGCUGCUAAUUCAAGUAUAUCUUAGAACAAGUCAGUUCUGACUUGUUGAAUUCAGCAAUCCAGUCUCAACUUCACUGGGAUGAUUCUACCCUCAAGGGCAUAAAUAUGUCGAUUCUCAGAUAGCAGAGCUUAUUAAAUAACGCUUUCUUUCUGUUGAACAGGGCUAUACAGUUCUAGUUAGCAAGGAGCAUCUUGUAUUGUAAAUAUCUGUACCGAUUCCCCUCCCUUCGUUUUUUGUCACUUCCCUCCAACAAACCAUGGUUCCUUCUGUACAUUUCGAAGGCCACUGUUAUGCCUCCAUGUGCUACCCCUGGCCAUUUCCUCUGCCGGUCUUCCUCCAGCAAGGAAAAGGCUUAGGGGUUCCAGCUGUAUAUAGAGACAUUUAUGUAUAUUUAGCAAAUCGAGUAAGUGGGACUUCUGGCCAGUAAUAUGUUUUGAAACAAGGAUAUCCCGGAUCUACAAAUCCCAAGUAGCAACGUCAAGCUGUUCACCUUGCCAUGUCCAUCCUAUAAGACCUAAAUUGCAUUUGCUAUAUUUCUGCACAAUUGGCGUUUCACGUAUAAUUUACAACGACCAAGAGCAUGACUUGUAGUGUUGAGGGGAAAAAAACUCCCACCAUUUUAAAAAACACAGUUUCUCUCUCUCCAUAUAUAUAUAUGUAUAUUUAUAUAUACUGUAUGGAAGAAACAACAACAACAACACACAAAAACCCAAAGCUUGUUCAGCAUCAAGACUAGAAGAAGAAAAAGAAGAAGUGUCCAACUUAAUUUCCAAGAUCUUAGUUUUGAACUCGACAAGUCACAAUAAGUGACGUGGAUGAACUGACCAAUGUGAAGCUUGAAAAGGA